AUGACGUCCCCACCAUUCCAUCCAUCAUCAAAUGGCCAGGCAGAGCGUUUCGUCUACACUUUUGAGAGAGCAAUGAAAAAGGUAUGCGAUGGUGACGUUAGACUGGAGUACCUCAACACAUUCCUUUUCGCCUAUAGAACGACUCCAAAAAGUUAUUUUAGGAGCCAGACACCAGCCGAGCGGUUUUUGGACAGACAGCCGGAUAUCCGAUUACAGUGCGUACAACCAGAUAUUCGAAUUCCCCAAACGACAAAACACUGCUUUCGGGAGGGAGAAGAGGUGUUUGCUCGCAACUAUAAAACCGAAGAGAAGCCUUGGGUAAGAAAAUCCGGAGGUGCCGUGUUUGAGUUGGAGACAGCCGCAGGAAAAAUCGAGAGGCAUGCUAACCAGCUCAUGACUAGAUUCACCACAGACGGUUAAGUUGCAUUCGGCCUGCUGUCUGCUACCUUUGAGGUUUCGACCCCCAAGGUAGACAGUUAGCCAACACCACCAGUUGUUCGUAGAAGCAACAGGAGAGUGCAGCCGCGGAGGAAAUUGGUCUUGGAGCCGAAGAAGAAGAAGAAGAAGAAGAAGAAGAAGAAGAAGAAGAAGAAGAAGAAGAAGAAGAAGAGGUACAAGGUCCAAAUUUAAAAAGCGGUAGAUGUUAUGGAAAUUGCAAGCGGUGCGGAGUCACGGCCUAAGGCGAAAGGAAGACUGGACCGCGCGCUGAAGUUAGACUGCCGACCUUCGUAUGUGGAGCACGUGUGGUGGCGUUGCCCCCGCGAGCGGCCCAAUUAAUGGCCAGUCGAAUAAUUCGAGGCUUUUCCUCGAGAGAUUCUCGCGCACGCGUCGGCCGAUUCGCGAUCGGCACGCCACUGUAUAUUCCCGAUCGAAACCGGCAGGACAACGGGCUCGUGACCAUGUGCUCAGAGGCGUCGACUUCUAACUAACAGGUCGUGAGUUCGAGCCUCGGGUGUUCCACACUUCGAGGUUGGGUAUGACUGGCCGACGACGGCUAAUACGCCAGAACUGGCCAUUCCAGUCUCGCUUGCCUUUGUCAGUAAUAACAUUCUGCCUAUAUCAUGCGCCGCUGUGCGGCUGCUAGUUGGGCUCGAGAGAGAGAGAGAGCCCGUAGGGCACAACGGAACGAGUAAGUUCCGUAAGAACGGUCUGUGAGCGCCCCUUACCAUAGACAGGGAUGUUCUAGAACGCCCUCAAGGACUGGCACGCCAUUGGCUGAGAUGUUUCAGAACACCUAGGGGCCAAUAAGGCGAGUUUCUAACGGGUUAUAACCCGUGUUCGCAGGCUGCAAAGAAGGGGGGUUGUUACCCCAGAAUACGCUUCCUUCUCUUCCGUCUACCCAUCGGGCUAUAACAAAAUAGGAGCGUCAUAGAGGCCACAUUAGGAGGCAGACAUUGUAACCUUACUCUCAACACACCAGUCGGCUACUCCACACAAACGCACACUUCGACCGUCGUUGCCGAUGAUGUCCACCGUGUCCUCCGCAACAAGGUGAGCACAGGACGAUGACUUGUGCAUGAUUUAGUUUAUCGGGAAUGCAGACUCGUGUUUUCCUCCCGAAAGUUAUUAACUACUAGACGUUCUAGUCGCUGUGGUUCAGUAACAUUUUGUAAUUGCCUUUUCAAUUACCCAUCCGAUGAAAACGUGUGAUCCAAGGCAUUCCGGCUACCGUUUAGGUAUUCGUUUCCAUUCUACUCGAAACAUUUCAGUAGCGAGUUUUUAUAAUUCCAACGUUGUAAUACCAUACAUACAACUACACGCUCGUCGCUUGAAGUUUUUUAGCCAAUCUUAUUUCGAAGUUUGUCUAUGCAUUGGAAUUUCUUUCAACGUUAAUGUAACCAACAGGAGUUCAAAGGCGUUCGCCUGCCUUUCCCCGAAAUGACUAACCUGAACCGAAGUGAACUGCAACGUCCGGUCUCGUAGAUGUGGUCUUUUUCGAAAUUUAAAUUAUAAUCGGGCGGUCUUACAGACGUCGUGUCAUAUGCACUUGCAGUGAGUGUGACCGAUCUCAUGAAAUGUUAGCCGAAAUUCUGAAAUGCGUCUUUGAUUAGGAAAGAUUACUUACGCGCGGUUGUUAAGUUGGUUACCAUGCGGCCCAAUCCUCUGGAAUUUUGGACUCGCCAAGACGUUGGCUCUAGAGCGCACUUCUUUUCGACCUCCUGUAAAAACCGCAUUCAGUAAAAAAAUGGCUACUUAAAUGGCAUGCAUUUUCGCACUGAUUUUCGAAGCCCCUACAAAUUUCAAUAUACUUUAUUGAAACGUGCACAAAAUAGGCUUCUUUUUGUUCAUUUGGUAGAAAAUUAUGAUUUCUUUACCUUUUUUGCUCGAAGAAAGGGUAAUCUCGGGUUUUACAAAGUUUCUACUUGAACACCCUCCUCCCGACAAAAUCAAAAACUCAAAGCAAUACUUCCUCGGGAUGAAUUCGACGCAAGCAUACACAGCAGAAUUUAUUGGAACCAGUAAUUUUCGCUACGGCUUAUCAACUGCAGCCUGUUAUUGAAUAACACAGAUAACAAAUGAGAAGGAUACAGAGGUUUGAACUUCCACAGAGAAUAUCAAUAUAAAACAGCAAGGUCAUCGUAUACUGCACGCAGACUAAUCAAUAAAAUUGCAACUUGAGAAGGCAACUUAUGAAAGAAAACGGGGAAGUUGGCACGCAGAGGGAUUGAGUAAAUCAAAGGACUGAGAUUUACCAGGGCAAGCUGAGGUUAACCACGUGGUCUAACUGUUUGCAUAGAUCGGGUUUCUCCCGCCGUAUGUAGGCAGCCUCCAAGUAGCACGGUAUCCGAGUUGUUCGUGCCCAAACUAAUACUCUAAAAGCUGUUUUAGGGUCAACCGAAGGACCGCUAUAUAGGAGGUACUUUUUGAUAAAAGACCAUGGAAUUUUAUUCUACUGCUUUAGAAGCCAUUUAGGCAGGUGCUCAACGGACCUGGCUGCCAAUUGCCUUUACGUUCUCCCAAUGUACUUGCAUCCACAAGUGCAUGUGAAUUCGUAAAGAGAAUUUGACGUGGCGUGCAAUAGCAAGGCCUCCUUUGCCCGUGGAACUGGGAUGGCCUCAGUGGGACUGCAGAAUAUGAGUUCAGCUGAGUUGUAUGUUCUUUCAAUGGUGCAGCUCAAUCGCCUUUUGAUGGUAUCUGAGAUGUUGUCACCCUAAAAUGCUAGGGAUAUUACAACGGGCUUUUUUGGAACUGAUUGGUCCGUCAGUUUUGGCCGUAAAGCGUUGCUGUACUUUUCGAUAAACCGUGUUGGAUACCCACGUUUAAUCAGGGCUGUUUUGAGGCAAGAAAUUUCAGCAUCCAGUGUUUCAAUAGAGCAAAUGUUCUUUGCUCUUUGGAAAAGAGUGCAAACCAGAUUUAGCUUUCGUUGUAUUGGCUCAAAGCUCAGGAAGUGGAGGUAUUGACCCUUCCAUGUAUUCUGAGAGAAAACCCGCCGUCUCAUUGAAUAAUCUUUCUGUCUAGUCAUAAGGACAUCCAGGAAAGCUAGCUAUUGCACUGCUCCUUUCCCAUUGUUAAGAUGGGGGGAGGUGUGAUGAUGUGGUACAGUCGGCGGUGGUCUACCGCAGGUUUUCGAGAAAACGCAUGUGACCUAAUAGGCCCGUGCGGUUCCAACAAAUUCUGCAGUCUAUGUAUUUGCUUCAAAGUCAAAAACAUCAAGAACCUGAUGUCAGUGAGCAUAAGGUUAAAGUUAAACCUGGGCAAAUUGAGUGCUCUAAGAGGGGAGUCUAGGCGAGGGGGGGGAGAGGAAAUGCAAGAAAGUGCCACUAGGAGGGGGCUGAGUGGAAUCCGAUCGUUGUGAGGUAGUUGGGGAGAAAUGCGGUCACAAUGUCAUGAGAGGUGCGUGCACAUUUGUUUGAGGAGACAAAGAAAAGGAAGCGCUGGAGGAAUGUAAAUGCACUUCCUCGUAUCCCCGCAAGGCAGCUUUCCACAGGCACAAACAUAGUAACAGCAAUACCAAUGUCCUAACGCCAAGUCCCCUCGUGGAAUUUUACUCUGCCAACAAUCGGUGGAAGGUUAGGCGGUUGGAUGUAAUUUAUUCGACAGGACCAUGAAGUGAGGAAAACAGUUGGUGUGGAUGCGACUGUAGAAUUACAAUCAAAGGUGCAUUCGAAGUGGCUGAACAGCAGCACUGUCACUCUUUUCCUUCUUCAUGAAACUCAGCGACAGCGCUCCUCGUCUGGAUUACAUUGAGUGACGAUCUCAUAAAAUGUUAGCCGAAAUUCUGAAAUGUGUUUUCGAUUAGGAAGGAUUACUCAGGCGCAGUUGUAAUGCUGAUUAUCUUGAGACAUAAUCCUAUAAUAUUUCGGACUCGGCAGGAUGUCGGCUUUUUAAUGCUGUUCUUUCCGACCUCUUUGAGAAACCAUACUCGGCAAAGAAUGACUACUUAAAAAGCAUUCAUUUAUCCCAUUGAUCUUUUAUGGUCUUGCAAAUUUAAAUACGUUUUAUAAAAACACGAAAAAAUGCUCUCUUUUACUUGUUUCAUAGAAAAUCACGUCAUCUUCAUAGUUUUUACCGCGGGAAGAAGUAUAAUUGGGGUUUUAAAAGUUUUCUAAUUUCCGAAUAAUCUGGAGCCUGAUUAGCCGUUGCAUUAGCGCUUAGUGCUUUCGGUCUGUAAGGUGCAUGCGUUCCGUGUAAGGAAAAUCACAUAUUCUUCUAUGCCUUUAAAAAGAUACCAUGUAGAGUCCAUAAAACUCUGCAAUAGAUGCGGACCGUGUUGUGCAUUUCAUGAGCAGCAAUGGUAAACGGACUGGUGCGAUGUUGUACGAAUGGACACUGAACGGUCUUAAAAAGUUUCAUAAUUUGAAACUUUUCAAAGCCAUAACGCACACUUUCUUUGGGUAUAAAUUUUAAAGACAAUGUGAUUUUCUACCAAAGUUAGCAUAUUUUUGUUAGUGCUUUUUAUAAAGUAUAUUUGAAUUUGCAAGACCAUCGAAACCAAUGGGGAAAAUGGAUGCUACUUAAGUAGUCAUUUUUCACCGAGUACGGUUUCCAUAGGAGGUUGAAAUGAUGUGCAUUCAAGACCGGACAUCCUGCUGAGUCCGAAUUAUUAUAGGAUUAGGCGGCAAAAUAAUCAGCAUUACAACCCCACCUAAGUAAUCCUUCCUAAUCAAAAACGCAUUUCAGAAUUUCUGCUAUCAUUUCAUGAGACCGAUCACUCACUGUAAAUGCUUGUCACUUGUCGGAAGGCUACAUUUCAAGUGGCCUAACGGCAUCACUGCCAAUCUUCGGUGAAUUCAAAUAUAUUUUGUAGAAAACAUGCACACAAAUAUGCUUUCGUUCACUCCUUUGGUAGAAAAUCACAUUGUUUUAUAUUUUAUACCCGAAGAAAGUGUAUAUUUAGGUUUUAAAGAAGUACCUUAUUAUGAGACUUUUAAAACCGUCCGAUCUCCAUUCCCACGGCAUCGUACAUGUCCGUUUAUCAAUGCUCCUCAUGAAAUGUACAACAUAGUCCACAUCCACUGCAAAGUUUUAUGAACUCUUUAUGGUAUGUUUUUAAAGGCAUAGAGGAAUAUAUGGUUUUCCUCACUUGGAAAGUAUACACUCUGUAUACUGAAAUCGCUAAACGCUAAUGCAAUGGCAGAGCAGGCUCAAAAUUAUCUGGGAAUUAAAAAACAUUUUAAAAACCUUAAUAUGAACUUUCUUCGGGUUCAAAAUACAAAAAUGUGAUUUUCUGCCAAAGGAUUAAAAGAAAGCAUACUUUUGUGCAUGUUUUCUACUAGAUAUAUUCAAAUUUAUAACACCAUCGAAAAUCAAUAGGAAAAGUCCAUUUUAUUUCAGUUGUCAUCUUUUAUCGAGCGUGGUACAAUGUGGUACAAUGCGCAUCCCCGCCUACUUGUUCGGUAGGUGGCGUCCAUUUACACCAUCUCCGGAUAUUCACUAUACGUCGACCGCAGAGCCGGCGUCGUAAAGCAGGCAGCCCGGUUUUACUCUCCGUCGUAAAGUAAAUCAGGGUCGCAGCCACUCCUCGUGGAAAAUCGGGCAUUCUUCAUUCCCACCAUGAGAGAGAGCCGGCGGCGCAUAUUUUUUAGGUGCUUCAUCUUUUAAUUCCGACCUUAGCUGCGUUAAGAUAAAGCCACCUUCCUUCCAAGGUACACCUUCACCCAAUAGAAGUGAAGAGACGAGUCCCAGGCAGCAGUCUUGAAGAAGGAGACACGAUCGCCGGGCCAAGAGCUUUAUUAGCCUGACGUUUCGGAUUCCUGCUCGAACCCAUCAUCAGAGACAACAGCCGAUACGGGUGGUUAAUGCAUAAGGGGCUGCAGUAUUUAGAAGAUGCAGUAGCCACGCUACCGCAUACCUAUGAAUAUUCACGGUCCUGCAAUGGUUAGAGUCGCUGGUCUUCCAAUGCCACAAACCGAAGUUCUGGGCCCGGUAUGUGGAUGAUACCUUCGACGUUAUCGACCGGGAUCAACUGCUAACAUUCAAGGAACAUCUGAAUGCGGUCUUCCCGGACAUUCAAUUCACUAUGGAGGAGGAAGAGAACACCCAGCGCGCCUUCCUGGAUGUCCUCGUAUGCCGCAAAGAUUGUGGUAAAAUAAAAAUCAAAGUGCUCAUGAAAGCGACAAAUACAAUGCAAGUACUGAACUUCAACAGUGACCACCCAAUCAGCCACAAACGCAGUUGUGUAAAGAUGCUCUAUCGGCGUGUCGAAACGCACUGCAGUGAGCCGGAAGACAAGAUUACCGAGCUGCAAUACCUUCGACGGGUCUUCAAAGCCAAUGGCUGCAUGCGCAAGUUCGUCAAUCUGUGUAUACGCAAAAGGGACGAAAGGCCCAACCGCACGGACACCAAAUUUCGUCGAGCGCUUCCAUAUUUCAAGAACGUUUCGGAAGCUGUCGGCCGCCUUCUUACGCCACUUGGGAUUGGAGUUGCACACGGACCGGAGACAACCACCAGGCGUCUGGUAACGAAACCGAAAGACCCACUGUCACGUCAAGAAACGUCUGGAGUCGUUUAUCGGAUCUGGUGCAGUUGCGGACAAAGCAACUACGUCCGAGGAACCGGAAGACAGCUCCAAACGCGAAUGACCGAACACGCUGCAACGGUGAGGAGAAAUGACGCCAGCUCUCAAGUUGCGGCUCAUUCGACCAGAUCCGACCACACAUUCAAAUUUGACGAGGCCGAAAUUAUCGCAAGAGGUAACAAUUGCAUGAGUCGGGAGCUACUUGAAUCAUGGUUUACUGGCCCCCAGUCCAUUAACAAAUGCAGUGAACUCCCCCUUCCAUACUCGGUGCUGAGACUUCGCCUAGGCGGAAUAAUAAGCCACUUGGGGAGCGCACAGAUGAACACUUUUCCCAACGCCAGGGUCGAUGGAUCAGAUGGUCGAGCAAUCAUCACACCAACAUCCAACGCACGUGAUGAAAUUGCAGCCAUUAACGACGCGAAUAUCGGCCAUCGCACCACGUGCAACGAUCCCUGAUGAAGAGACGAGCCUGAAUAUUCACAGGUAUGCGGUAGCAUGGCGACUGUAUCCUUUAAAUACUGCAGCCCUUGAUGCAUGAACCACCUGUCUCUGCUUUUGUCUCUGAUGAUGGGUUCGAGCAGGAGUCCGAAACGUCAGGCUAAUAAAGCUCUUGUCCCGGCGAUCGUGUCCUCUUCUUCAACACCUUCAACCGUCGAGCUGAUGGUCGCAUCUGCUGGAUAAUAUUCAGCGGACUCUCUUCUUGGUCACCAGUCAGCCGCUGAAAUCUGGGGUAUGCUGAGAUUGCUUCCCUCUGCAAGCGUGAUUGCGGUUUACAUUAUGCGUUUUCACAUGAGACUUACCCCCAAGUACCAUCUCAGUGCAACGUGCCAUGCAGUCGAACUUUGAUGACGUACACCGUUUGGAGUUUGACUGAACUGCUUAAGUCAAAUUUGGGUAAGAUGUGAUUGUGUAACCACACUUGAUGGACACAAUACUGUUGACCUACUUAAUUAUUUUGAGUUGGUGUGAUUACGUUGGCUUGGUGUUGCGUUGCGGUGAGUGUUCUGUUGGCGGUCUUGUUUCGUUGUUGUCGUGUCUACCUUUUCUGGUUCAAUGUCGGUGGUCCUUCUUCACAUUCGGCCUGUCGUCUCCUACUAUUUUUCGCGUUGGAUGUUUUAGGCUUAGAAAUAAGGGCUGUAUUUAAGGGUCAGGGUUAGUGUUGGGAUCAGGGUUAGGGGUUAGGGUUAGUUUUAGGGGUUAGGGCUUAGGUUUGGGGCUGGGGUUAGUUUAAGGUGUUAUGGCCCAGGGUUAUGGGAUUAGGUUUGGGGGUUAGGGCUUGCGGUCAGGGUAAUGGUUUAGGGUUAGACGUUGGGAUAAGGGCAGUUGCUUCUCAACCACUCAACGUACAACCGCGCAUUCUGAAUAGCUUUUCUUUUGCAUACAACUACUUGACCUCGUCGCCUGUGAGUUCCCUGGGCCCACCUGUAAAAACUCCUAUUACCACCGGUUCCGUGUUACCGAGGUCUAGGUUUUUUUUCACUCCCCUGCGGCCCUAGAAGCACAUCUGACCGCCCGCCUUCCAUCUUCCAACUUUUUGAAUUACACAAGCUCUCCUUUAGACCGUAUUCGUAUUCCCUGUUGGAUUGUCAUCAAUCAGCCGCCGAAACCUGGAGGAGUCUGACUCUAUCUUCCCACUGCAAGCGUAAUUGCCACGCAAAUUAAGCUCUGUCACAUGCGGUCAACUCCCCAUGAACCAUCGCAGUGAAACUUUCCAUGAAGCUGAACUUUAAUCACUUACACUGUUUGGAGUUUGACUGAACUGCUUGCGUCAACGCUUUUCCCGAAAUAGAGCUGCGAAAUGCCCUCGCAAAAGAUGUACACGCACCAGUACUUCAAAAUAUCAAUGCAGGGGAUGAUCCGUCCAUAGUUUGAGGCUCGGCUUUUGUUAAUAAUAGGAGCCUGCAAACUGAUCAGAUACAGUAGGUGAGCUAACUCAUGACAUGUUAAUCGAAAUUCCGAAAAACGUUUUCGUUUCGAAAAGAUUAAUUAAGUAGGGUUGUAAAAUUAAUCAGCCUGUAGUAUAGUUUUGCAAUAAUUCAUUUACCUCAGAAUGCCGGCUUUCGAGUGAAGUUCCUUCCGGCUGCACUGUAAAAAAUGACUGCCCAUGUAGCAUGAAUUUUUCCCAGUAAUUUUCGAUGCCCUUAAAAACUCAAUUAUAUUUCAUAAAAAACAUGCAUGAAAAUACUUUUCUGCUCAUUUGGUAGAAAAUUAUAUCUUCUUCCAAUUUUUUGCUCGAAGGAAGGGUACAAUUCAGAUUUAUAAAAAGUUUCUAAUUGUGGGCUUUUUUAAUACCGUGAAAUAGCCGUUCGUAAAACGUCACGUCUCUGCAUUUACCAAUGUGGCUUGUAGAGUUAACAAUAUGACUCAAAUACACUGAUAAAUUUCAUGAACCCCAUAUGGUCUUCUCCUUAUACCGUAGAGAAAUAUAUGGUUUUCUGUAAGCGGAAAAUAUACGGCUUGUAGUUUUGAAACACUGAAUGCAAGUGCAACUACGGGUUGGGUUUAAAAUUAUUCGGGAAUUGGGAAAGUUGUUGAGAACCGAAUUAUACCAUCCGUUCGAGUGUACAAUUGAAAUAAGACGUAAAGGUCUACCGAAUGAGCAAAAGAAUUAGUAUUUUCAUCUAUGUUUUCUAUGAAAUAUAGAAAGGUUUUUAAGCUGAUCGGAAAUCGAUGAGAAAAAUGUACGCUAAUUAAGUAGUCAUCUUUUUACAAAGUAUAACUUGUGCAUGCUACCGAAAAGAACUUCGUUCGAAAGUCGACAUCUUGACGCAACUGAAUUAUUGUGAAAUUAUGUUGCAUGAUGAUUAGUUCUACAACCAUGUUUAAGUACUCUUUUUGAAACGAAAACGCAUUUCGGAAUUUCGGUUGAAAUUUCAUCAGUUAGCCCACCUUGUGUACGUUAUUACAAGCUACAUUCUCGCAUUUACUCACCGCGGACAUAAGCUCCAUUUUGAAUCAUUUCUCCUAAAUACUGAACUUAGGCGAGGAGUUUGUUAUUGCGCUACAAAGAAAGUUCACAACGAAUGUACAUCUCGUUAGUUGUCGGUGGGGACGAACAGUAGGUAUGCUGACUCAUGAACUGUUAACCAAAAUCCUGAAAUGCAUUUUCGUUUCAAGAAGAUUGCUUAUGUAAGAUUUUAAAGUUAAUCAUCAUGCGGCAUAAUUCCAUAAUAAUUCAGUUACUUAAGGAGGCCGGCUUUCGAAUGAACCUCUUUCCGAACGCAUAAAAAAUAACACUCUGUAAAAGAUGAUUACUUAUGUAAUACGAAUUUUCCUCAUUUAUUUUCGACGCCCGUGAAAAUUCGAUUAAAUUUCAUGGAGAGCAUGCAUGAAAAUACUUAUUUGUCUACUCUUUUGGUUGCGAAUUACAUUUUCUUUCGAUUUUCCACCCAGAAAAGAGGUUUAGCUCGGUUUUGGAAAGCUUCCAAUUGUGAAAUUCCUCAAUACAGUGAAAUGCCCAUUCAUAAAACAUCUCCGCUCUGCACUAACUAAUGUAGCUUGUAAAGUUUACAGUAUGGCUUAAAUCCAUUGCAAAAUUUCGUGAGCCCGUUAUGGCAUCCCCUUAAUAACAUAGAGAAAUGUAUGGUUUUUUGUACACGAAAAAUAUACGACUUGUAGUUUGGAAACCGUGAAUUCAAGUGUAACGGCAAGUCGUGUUCGAAAUCAUUCGAGAAUUGGACAGAUUUUUCAAAAUCGAACUAUACUCUCCUUUGGAGUAGAAAAUUGAAAGAAGACUUUAUCAUCAACCAAAUGAUUAAAAGGACGAAUAUUUGUAUGCAUAUUUUUAUGAAAUAUAAUUUAAUUUUCAAGAGCAUCGAAAAUCAAUGAGAAAAAUUCAAUCUAUAUAAGUAAUUAUUUUUCACGGAUCGUAGUUUUUACACGGCCAGAAAGAGGUUCGUUCAAAAGCUGGCAUCCCGAGGUAACUGAAUUAUUAUGGGGUUGAGUUUCAUGAUGAUUGAAACGAAAACGCAGAAAAUAUACGGCUUGUAGUUUGGAGACCCUGAAUGUAAGCGUAACGGCAGGUAGUGCUCGAACUUGUUCGAGAAUUGGAUAAUUUAUUUAACAUCGAACUAUACUCUCCUCUCGAGUUGAAAACUAAAAGAAGACGUAAUCAUCAACCAACAGAGUAAAAGGAAAAAUAUUUUUAUGCAUGUUUUCCAAGAACUAUCAUUAAAUUUUCGAGAGCAUCGAAAAUAAACAACAAAAAUUCGGAGUGUGAUUUUCUAUGCGGCCGGAAAGAGAUUCCUUUAAAAGUUGGCACCGAAUUACUAUGAAAUUAUGCUGCAUGAUGAUUAACUUUACAACCCUGCUUAAGUAAUCUUUUUGAAACGAAAACGCAUUUCCGUAUUUCGGUUAACAUUUUAUGAGUCAACACACCUACUGUACGAAGUUCGUGAAAGUCCACCAUUUGGGAACCUGGGCUGCUCUACCUAGCUCUACAGGCAGGCGUUCGAGAUUAUAUCCCGUCCUAACCGACGUGGUUACAAGGCAGUCCUAUUUCUGAUGCAUUAGGCCGAAGAAGACACCACGGCCCGCAUACUUUCACAGGAAAUAUAAUACCAUAAAUACCUAGCAUAUACUUACGAGUCGAGGUUAAUGUGCACACGUAUUUGCGACAGUAGAAUAUGACUCGCUUCGCAUUAGGGCUCCCAGCUGUAUAUUAGUGUGAAUUCAUAGGUUUGCAGUAAUAAAUUGUUUCCUAAAUUUAAUCAUAAUAUACAGAACAUUUCUCCAAUCAACUGUGACAAACUUGACUGCGUCUUCUAAUUCGAUUAUAGUCAAGUUUGUGUCCAUACAGAAACCGCUGAAACAUCUCAGACACCGUGUCCCUCUACCGCUAUUAUCGUUGGCACCUCUGUAAGCCAAAUAAAUAUUCUAAGAGACAGAUUGGAAAAAAGUAACCAAUCUACGAACUCGACUCACUGACCAAUAGGAAUUAUUGCUGGGGCUGACGACUACAUAAAAGGUCCUCGUGCGAUCAGAACGGGUCUGCCUCUGCCGAGGAUUGUUUUUUCCUCUGGAGCAGACUCGUCAAAAUGGUUAGUCCUUUUGUUUUAAUUAUCAAACAGAGGGGGGAUUUAUGUUUAACAGCUCACGAGAGUGUAAUCCGCUAUGAUCAGCGUGAACGUUGUUUUGCAAUUUACCUAAAAAUUAAACCUAUAAACGCAUAACUGUCCGCCCACUCUUUCAGGUGAACUUCACGGUCGAACAGAUUCGUCGCUUGAUGAAUUUCCACAAAAACAUUCGCAAUAUAUCUAUCAUUGCCCACGUCGAUCACGGAAAAUCCACCCUGACUGACUCCCUCGUCUCACAAGCAGGCAUUAUCGUUGAGGCCGGUGCAGGCGAUGAGCAGGAACACUGCACUGCCCUGAAAUCAGUGGUUGUUUCUCUUUACAAUGAGUUGGGACCCGAACAGUUGGCACUCGUGCAAAAAAUCCAGCCCUUGACCAUUAAUGGGGAGGGUAGGGAGGAGCGUGGAUUUCUUACCAACCUUAUUGACUCGCCCCGCCACGGAGACUUCAGCUCCGAGGUCGCCACUGCCCUCCAAGUGACGGACGGCUGCUUGGUGGUCGUAGAUGCGAUGGCUGGUGUCUGCGUGCAGACAGAAGUGGGACUACGUCAAGCUCUCACUGAACGAAUCAAGCCCAUCCUCUUCUUGAAUAAGUUUGACGAGGCCAUUAACACAAUGGGCCAAGAUCUGGAAGGACUUUACCAGCAUCUAUCUCGGGUGGUGGAUAGUACGAACGUUAUCAUUGCCCAUUUUAGUGAGGAUGAUGGUCCGAUGGGUGUCGUUACUGUCAACCCCGACGCUGGUACUGUAGGUUUCGGUUCCGGUCAACAGGGCUGGGCUUUCAGCCUUCACACCAUGGCCUCCUACUACGCAAACCGAAUGCGUAUGCCCGCAGAUAAGUUGCUGUCCAAGCUGUGGGGCGACAAUUUCUUCAAUGCUAAAGAGAAAAAAUGGAGGACGCAGAAUGAUGACGGGGAAGUCCGAAGCUUCGUUCAAUUUGUCUUGGAGCCGAUAUGCAAAAUCUUCCGUGCCGUCCAAAGUGGAAACAAGGCAGAAAUUGAAAAUCUCCUUAGUAGGAUUAACGUAAAUCUCAGUUCAGAAGAAUUCGAGCUGUCUUCCAAACAUAUGCUGAAGUGCAUUAUGCGCAAAUGGCUGCCGGCUGAAGAUUGUCUCCUAGAGAUGGUCUGCAUCCACCUUCCCAGUCCUGUUGUCUCUCAGAAGUAUCGCAUGGAGCUAUUGUACGACGGACCCCACGACGACGAGGCUGCUUUUGCCAUCCGGGACUGCGAUCCAGAGGGACCACUCAUGAUGUAUAUAAGUAAGAUGGUUCCUACCUCGGACAAAGGUCGCUUCUACGCCCUUGGUCGUGUAUUCUCUGGAAAGGUCGCUACCGGCCAGGCGGUUCAAAUCAUGGGGACUAACUUUGUCCAGAGGAAGGACGAUGAAUUGUACGAAAAAUCCAUACAGCGUACAAUCCUGAUGAUGGGUCGUUGCACCGAGGCCAUUGAGGAUGUGCCCUGUGGAAAUAUCUGUGGUCUGGUUGGCGUUGAUCAGUUUCUGGUGAAGACUGGAACCAUCACAACCUUUGCCGGGGCGCACAAUAUGCGUCAGAUGAAAUUCAGCGUCAGCCCCGUCGUCCGUGUUGCCGUAGACUGCGAAAACCCGAGCGAUCUGCCAAAGCUAGUCGAAGGUUUGAAACGGUUGGCAAAGAGUGACCCUAUUGUCCAGGUAGGUUAUUUUGAUAAAUCUGAAGUUCUCUUAGAUCUACACAGAGGAGUCCGGCGAGCACAUCAUAGCCGGUGCUGGUGAAUUGCACCUUGAAAUUUGCUUGAAAGAUCUGGAGGAGGAUCAUGCGUGCAUUCCAAUCAAGAAGUCCGAUCCAGUUGUCUCAUACAGAGAAACAGUUACGGCCUACGACUCGCAACAAUGCAUGUCAAAGUCCGCCAACAAACACAAUCGAUUGUACUUCCGAGCGGAACCUCUGGGUGAUGAGUUGACGAACCUGAUUGAUGAGGGAGAAAAGUUUGCGAGGAUGGAUCCAAAGGAAAGAGGGCGUUUGUUGAUUGAUGAGCACGGCUGGGACGCAACCGACAGCCGGAAGAUUUGGUGCUUUGGUCCAAAUGGCACCGGUCCUAACCUCGUUUUAGAUGUUAUAAAGGGUGUGCAGUACUUCAGUGAUAUCAAAGAUAGCAUCGUGGCUGCAUUCCAGCUGGUCACAACGGACGGUGUGCUCUGCAACGAAACCAUGCGUGGCAUCCGGUUCAACAUCGAAGAUGUUGCAUUGCAUGCUGAUGCAAUUCACAGAGGAGGUGGUCAAAUCAUGCCCACUGCGAAGCGUUGUUUCCUUGCCAGUUGUCUGACUGCGUCGCCUAUGAUAAUGGAACCUGUGUAUCUAUGCGAAAUUCAGACACCUGAAGAAGCCCUGGAUGGUGUCCGCAGCACCCUUGACAACAGGCGAGGCGUCGUUUUCAGUGAGGAAAUGACUCCUGGAACCCCACUAAAAGUGGUCAAAGCACAUCUCCCUGUCAACGAGUCUUUUGGUAAGAACGUUCUUUUCUUUAUCUAAUCCCCUUUCCCAGGAUUCACUGCUGAGCUGCGUGCCAACACCGGUGGCAGAGCUUUCCCUCAAUGCCAGUUUGAUCACUGGCAACUCUAUCCUGGUGAUCCUUUGGAUGCCAACAGCAAGUCGGGAAUCCUUGUUGCAAGUAUCAGGAAACGCAAAGGAAAGCCGGAGGCGAUACCACCACUUGACUACUUCAUUGAUAAGCUUUAA